AUGACACCGAAUACCUUCCACAAAUUCCCGAAGUUAUCAUUGGAGCUGAGGUGGAUGGUUUGGGGUUUCGCCUUACCUGAAGCUCAAGUCGUUGAGAUUGAGUGGUCCAGUCGAACCCAAUCCUGGUUCUGUCCCACGGAGAGCGCACACAAACCAAAUUCUUUCCUCGAGACAUGCAAAGAGUCCAGGGAAUACUAUCUUCGCGAUUGGAUUCCACUUGCUACUGACUUCGGAUCCGAUUCUCCACAUCAUUCCCUCAUGCGCUCUCACCUCGCCGCCAACAUCAAAUUUCCAGUCGUUUAUUUCAAUCCAAGCAUUGAUACUAUCUAUGCGCACAGCAAUUCGGGCCGUCUACCAGAUGCUGCAGUUGAAGCCUUCCCAUUGAUCUUUGGGUUGCGUCACUUGGCCAUUGUUCGCUUAAUGGCCCUACGGAUCACGAUGGACAUUCACAGAGGAUGGCGUCAAAUUGGUAGAAGCGCUUUAGACAACCUUACCAAGAUGACUCGAGAGCUCAAGGAUUUGGACACGGUCACCAUAGUAGACAAUAAUGGUCCUGUGCGCUACAAAUCUUGGAAAAGACACUGUAGAGGGGCAAUUGAGUUGCGAGAACGCUCAACGUUCUCUAGAACUUACAUUCCCUCUCGAGCAAGUUCUGGUUUAGAAGCUGCUCUGUCGAAGAGUCAUAUCAAGGUAGUGGAAGCGGGCAUUUGGAGAGGUGGCAAGCAUAUGGGUGAAUGGGCUCGAUUCUUCGACGAGCAAGGUCAGAGCGGAGAUAUCAUCCAACCAGAAAUCUCUGGCGGCGUGCUGAGAUCAUGA